UCAUGCUUUUAAUUCACCAAACCAUCUCAUCUCACACUUCAAUCUCCAUUUAUCAAUCUCUUCUUAGUUUCCUUUCAUUUCUUCAAUAGAGUGAGUGAACACUAUGGAUAUGAUGUGUCAACUCAAAUUCCAAAAUAUAUCAACACUAACUCAAGGGAUGAAAACUAAUAACUCCAAUCUAAUUAAAUUCACUCAAUUACUCAUUUCAGUAUCACUGUUUUCCUUCAUCUUUUCACCUUCUUCAUUGUUUGUUUUUCUCCAUUACUUCAAAUUCUAUUUCUCUACUCUACCUUUUCAACUCUUUACUCAUAACAUAGACAAGAACAGCAUGUUUCUCCUAUGCAAUGGUCUCCUUGUUUUUGUUGGUUUGACUAAAUCUUUCUCCGCCUCUUCGAGUGAUGAUGAUAAAUCUUCUGAUAGCUCAGAUGAUUUAUCAUCAUCAAAAUAUAUUGAAGAAGAAGAAGACAAAGAAGAAGAUUGUUCACAAUUUCAUGUCCUUGAUGUUGAAUCCAAUGAUCUAAUAUUGGUGAGAGAAGAUGAGAAGAUAACUAGUGAACCGGUUGAACAAAAUGCUGUAGCAGAGGAAGAAGCAGAGGACGAAGUCGAAGAAAAUAUUGAAAAUAUAAUAUUUAUAAAUGAUGAAGAACAAGAAGAAGAAGUUGAACUAUUUGAUGCAGAUGAUGAAGAAGGAGAUAAAGGGUCAGAAAAUGAUUACAUUCUAAUUGAAGAAAACAACAUAGAAGAAGAAGAAGAAGAAGAAAGUUGUAUAAGCACAGAGGAGUUAAACAAAAAAUUUGAAGAUUUCAUUAGAAAGAUGAAAGAAGAUCUUAGAAUUGAUGCUAGAAGGCAUUUAAUUAUGGUCUGAUUAAAUUUAGUUGUAUCAUUGUAUCUAUCCCUUAAAUUUUGUAAAACUAUCUAUCUAUCUGAUUUCCUCAACAAAGACCAAGUUUACAUGCCAAAUUUCUGUUUAAUCCUUACU